AUGGAAAAUUCUCAAAGCAGCAGUAACCAGAAUCAGGACAAAUUUAUAAAAAAGUCACGACAAGGACGUAGAAAUGAUAAGCAAUCUUUGUUUUUAAUUGAUUAUAUGGUACAACAUCCUCAUGUUGCUAGUGGAAAAUUUAAUUGCCUAAAUGGUAAAGAUAAAUUGAAUGGUUCAUGGGAAGAGUUAGUGAAACAACUAAAUAAUUUAAGAAACCCGGGCAUUAAAGAAAAGGAUGUAAAAUCGUGGAAAGAGUCAUGGAGAGACUUAAAAACAAAAGUCUCCAAACAAGCAUCAGCCUUGCGGAAUGCUAGAAGGCAGACAGGAAAUAAAAAAAAUAAUAUCCCAGAGUUGACUGACUCAGAUCAAAAAGUUUUAAGUGUCAUGGGCUAUGACUAUGUAGAAGGGACAUCAUGUCCAGAUUCUUGGCCUGAAGAACAGUCUGAAGAUGUAGAACGUAUGGCUGCAGGAGAUAUUACCAUUUUAGAUGCAGUACCUAUUAGGUUAACAAUGAGACCAGAUAUUGAUCACAACAGUAAUUAUUUAACUACUCGUUCUUAGAAAACAAUU